CGACUGACAGGUACGCGUUUCCUCGCGUGCACGGUGCCGCGACGAGAUCAGACGCAAUGUGAUUUUCGUGAAAUUAAAAGUAAGAGGUUUAUUCGACCUCUUUGAUUCUAUUUCAUUUAGUGGAAUCGUUGCAUCGGAGAAAUCUUUUAAAUUAUGUUGCGUUUUCAUCGAUCAACACGGUGACUUUCUCUCUCCGCUACGUUGUACUCGCGAGUUUCAACUUCGCUUAGUUCAACUCAUCACGACUAAAAUUUUCUACCUUCAUUCCGCUUGUUUUUCAAGCCAGCGGAAAAGAAAAAAAACGAACGAAUGAACGAACGAACGAGUAAACUUCCGCAUUCCACUGGACCGCGAACGAAUAAGUGAACGAACAAGCGAUCACUUGCCGAUGUAAAUACAGCUGUAAAAAUUACAAGCAUAUAGCCAUGGAACAUUCUGAUUUAGUAGCAGAAAUGGUACAUAUAGAAAGAUUAACAACUCAAGAAAGGUUACAUUUGGCUCGUCAUAGAAGGCUCCAACAAUUAAAAGUAUGGCGUCAACGUGAGAAAGAAUGGAUGCGACAUCAGACUAGACAUACCAGUAACAAACGUCAUAUAUACUUUAGUGACAGUGUAAUGCUUUUAGAAGCUGCAGCAAGAAAUGAUAUUGAUGAAGUGAGACGACUCUUGAAAAAGGGAGUAAAUCCAGAUUCAACAAAUGAGGAUGGACUGACAGCUUUACAUCAGUGUUGUAUAGAUGAUAAUGAAGAAAUGAUGAAAUUAUUAAUUGAAUUUGGAGCAAAUGUUAAUGCAGAAGAUAGUGAAAAAUGGACACCAUUACAUGCUGCUGCUACCUGUGGCCAUUUGCAUUUAGUUAAAAAUCUCAUUGCUAGAGGUGCCAAUUUAUUAGCUGUUAAUGCUGAUGGUAAUAUGCCUUAUGAUAUUUGUGAAGAUGAAAAAACAUUAGAUUGUAUUGAAGGAGAAAUGGCAAGACGAGGUGUUACUCAAGAAUUAAUAGAUGAAACCAGGGCUUCAAUAGAAGUUCAAAUGUUACGAGAUUUACAAAAUAUAGCUUCUAUAGGUGGUGACCUAGAGUAUAAAGAUCAUCAAGGUGCUACACCUCUUCAUAUUGCAGCUGCAAAUGGUUAUUUAAGGGUAGUUGAGUUUCUUUUAGAUCAACAUGUUUCAACUGAUGUUGAAGACAAUGAUAAGUGGCAACCAGUUCAUGCAGCUGCCUGCUGGGGUCAUUUAGAAGUUCUUGAGUUAUUAGUACAAAAUGGAGCAGAUUUAAAUGCAAAGAAUAAACAUGAUGAAACUCCAGCUGAUAUUUGUGAAGAUCCGGAAAUUAGGGAAAGGAUAGUACAACUUAAAACAGAACAAGAAAGUAAACGAUUACGAGAAGCACAAGGAAGACGAGUACGUAGAUCUCAAAGUAUAAAUACACGUACUCAGAGUGUAAGAAGGACUUCAAUAAGAGAUAAAGUCUUAACUACAAAGAAAGAUGCUCAAGAAGAAGCCCGUCUUAGAUUACAAGCACAACAGACAUAUGUCGGCGGUUCUACCACGAACGUUCCACAAUCGGAAAAUGAAGCUAACGUACGAGAAAAUACAAGCAGCGAGACAGAUUCUAGUACACCUCCAACAGCAGUACGCAAAGCUCCUGAGGGGAAGGAUAACGAAUCUUUCCUUCAUGAAGACGUCGAUAAAGAAUCAGUGACAGGAUCCGACUCACCGGUCGGUAAUCAGCAACCGAUCUACGCGUCAGACGGCGACACCAACGGCAAGAUCAACAUACACGUCUCAGUAGUUUUUGUCAAAUCAUUAUCGGAUUUGAAGAAACAAAGGGCACAGAAUCGGCAUAUAUCUGCUGGAUCGAUAGAUGCCAAUGGAAAUGGUAUUCCUGUGUCGCCAAUCUCCAAUUCUGAACUCAACACUGGCAGAGAUUUUCAGCGAUUCACCGGAAAUACCAGCGAUAUUGUCGGUGAUAAUCAUUCCGAAAAAAGUUGCUGUACUCUCAUGUAAUUUUUUCUUACUUUUUCAUCAUUUUUCUUUACAAUACAUUCAAUUCCAUUUAUUCCUUUUUUCUACGACUUUAGUACCUU